AUGAUCGUAGAAAAUCCAGAGGCCCUCAAAACUUGGCUUGUGGCUGCCCUGGCCUCAUUGUGUGGUGAAGACCAGGAUCAUGUAGAGAUUGCCGAGAUUGUGCUUGCCCAAGCUAAAAAGAAGAAAACAAAUUCUGAUCUGGAAAAGGCCAUGUGGAAGAAGCUUUUGGCAGACUACCUUGGUGAGAAGACAGGAGAAUUCAUCAAAAAGUUUUUCGUCACUUUGGAGACCAAAUCAUACCUGCAGUCAAACCCUGGGCCUUCUACGCCCAGAAUUGAAUCAACUACUGCUAGUGAACAUGAAGUGGGUCAUUUUACUGAUUUCGAUGAAAAGAUUCGAAAAACCGAUAUGCCUGAACGCAUGCAAUUACGUAACGUUCCCAUUACUUCUGUCGAAGAAGGUUCUGCUGAAUUGGAUUUAGAAGCCGAGUGGAUACACAAGCAUGCUUUUUCCAAAGCAUCCAUUUCAAAUCAGGACGGUACGGCAGAUGGACGGGAAGAUGUGAUAAAGGGACCUAAGACUGUCGAAAAGAUUCGUAAAGCUCUUGAACUCAUUCGCAAUCAACACUUCGAAGUCCCUUUUAUAGCCUUCUAUCGUAAAGAAUACGUCCUACCAGAAUUGAGCGUGUAUGACCUUUGGAGAGUCUACAAGUUUGAUGAAAAGUGGACCCAACUGCAGACACGUAAAAACAACAUGAUGCGACUCUUCCAGAAAAUUCAAAAAUAUCGAUCGGAGAAGCCCAAUGAGAACGUGCGUGUUCUUAAAGAUGAAGACAUCGAUAGAUUGAGAAUGGUCCAAUCCAUUGAAGAAUUGAGCGACGUUUACAAUCACUUCACCCUUUACUACGGCAAUGAUGUACUUGCCAUGCGAGAAGAAUACCGUCGAAACUCAGCAGCCAGGCAAAGAUUGAACGAAGACGGUGAACUUAUGGAUGCCGACGAUAUGAAAGAAGACUUGCACGACCCGGAUGAAGACUUAUACUCUCGUGGCGCCAGUGCUGGUCUUGAUGGGUUGCUAAGGAAAUACGGUUUAUCUCGCAUCGAGCAGUUCGCCGACAAUUACCAACGACACGACAUUCAUCAAAGUCAAACAACAAAAGAUCCUUGCGAUGUUGCCCUCGAAUAUGCCUUCUCCAAGUUUCCAAACGUUGCUGAAUUUCUCAAAGCGGCAAACUACAUGUUGGCUGUACAAAUCGCUAAAGAACCUUCGGUUCGUAAGUUUGUCCGUGAAUCUUUCUUUGAACGCGCUCGUUUUGAUGUCAUCCCUACGAAGGAAGGCUUGAAGAAAAUCGACGAGAUGCACAACCUUUAUUCUCUCAAAUUCCUUAAAAACAAGCCAGUGUGGGAUUUAGUCAAUGAUCAAUUCCUCCGACUGUGGGUCGCUGAGCAAGACAAGUUGCUAACCAUUGUCUUCCCAACGAAAAUUGAAGGAGCCAUUACCGCCAGUUACGUUGACGAGAUAAUAAAGGCACUCCUUACCCGCGACGAAUCCAGCAAACUCGUACAGGAAUUGAAUGUUCAGCGUAAAGAAAUCAUCGAUCUUGCCCUCAGUAAAUUUGUGUUACCGUCGAUGGUCAAAGAACUCAAGGCAAAGCUGUUGAACGAAGCCCAAGAAUUUGUUAAGAGAGCUUGCUGCCAACAAUUAUACAAUUGUCUCAACGUGGCCCCUUACGAAGUCAACUUUGGUGACAAAGAGGACAAGGACACUACAGAUGGAAUUAGAAUCCUGGGUCUCAGCUAUGGAGAAGAUCAGAUAGUUUAUGGUUGUUUGAUCAAAGGCGAUGGUGAGUGUUCCAACCAAAUUCGUCUGGAACACAUUCUGAAGCGCAAAAAUGCUGAGAAGGAGAAGGAUCGCACUGACAAAGAGAAGAACCUCAAAAUGUUAAAGUAUUUUAUCUCCAGUGGGAUGCCACAUGCGAUCGCCGUGAGUGCCGAGUCUCAGGAAGCCACGCAGCUGGUUGAAGAUUCGCGAUCAAUAAUAUCUGAGCUUGUCAAGGAAAAGAAGUGUCCAACGAUCGAUGUCUUUCUGGUCGACAACAGUUUUGCCAAAGUGUUUGCAAAGUCGACUGGGGCCGAAAGUGAAUUCCCUCAACGUCCGCUGUUGUUGCGUGAAGCCAUUAGCAUUGCCAGGCAAUUUCAGGACCCUCUCGUUGAAUUUUCGCAACUCUUUAAUUCCAACGAAGACAUCGUCAAUAUCAAAUUUCAUUCUAUGCAAGAUCAACUAUCCAAAAAAGAACUUUUGGAAGGUCUCUAUCUUGAAUUUGUGAACCGAACCAACGAAGUUGGUGUUGACAUCAAUCGCGCCAUCAAACACCCACGCACGGCGCAUUUGAUUCAAUUCAUAUGCGGUCUCGGACCCCGAAAAGCUGACCAAUUGAUCCAAACCCUCUUAAAAAACAAGAACCAGCGACUAGAAAAUCGAACACAGUUGGUUACUGCUUGUCACAUGGGUCCAAAGGUGUUCACUAACUGCGCUGGCUUCAUAAAAAUCGACACACAUUUGUCGGGUGACGGUGCCGAGCCGCAGGUCGAACUGCUAGAUGGUUCUCGUGUCCAUCCGGAAAGGUACGAUUGGGCUCGUGAUUUCGCCGUUGCUGCUCUCAAGUACCAUGGUGAAAAAUAUGUCGACCCUGGUGGUGCUGUGAAAAAGAUUCUGGAAGCCCCCCAAAAGCUCGAAGGUAUCAAUUUGGAUGUGGCAGUUGAUCAGUGUGAGCGUCAAGGUUUCGGCAACGCACGAAAUACUUUGGAACACAUUCGCUCUGAACUACUCCAUCUCUACAAGGAUGGUCGGCCGUCAUAUCAAGCGCCCUCACAUGAAGAAGAUAUCUUCAACAUGAUUACCAAAGAAACUCCGCAAACCUUUUAUAAGGGCAAAAUGGUCUUGGCAACCGUCACCGGCUUCCUACGUCGUAAACCCAAGCGAGAAGAACUGGACAAAGCCAAUCCAAAGAAAAACGAAACCACCGGCUUGUGGCAAUGCCCAUUUUGUCUGCAGAAUGAUUUCACUGAUCUGUCAGGAGUUUGGAAUCAUUUUGAUGCUGGAUCUUGCAGUGGUCAGGCGAUUGGUGUGAGCAUCUGCUUGGAGAAUGGACUGUCUGGAUUUCUUCCUAUGAAGUGCCUCUCUGAUUCUAAAAUCACCAAUCCGGAAGAACGUGUCCGUGUAGGACAUACGAUCCAUUGUCGCAUCACCAAGAUUGAUGUCAAACGCUUUUCCGUUGAUGUCACUUCAAAAGCUUCCGAUUUGGAUGACAUAAAUGGUGUAUGGCGCCCACCAAAGGAUGCCUACUACGAUGGACCAGCUGAAAAGGCCAUGCUGAAGGCAGAAGAGGAUGCCAAAAAGCUUCGUCAAAAGAACACAGAAAGUAUCAUUGCUCGACCGGCUUCAACAACACCAUCAAAUACAACCGAAAGGAGGUCAGGGGGUCCCUCGUCCCGUUCCAGGUCACGCAGUCCGAAUCGGGGCCGGACUGCCCGUACGAUCGGAUCGAGCAGCAGAAGUCGAUCACCGUUGCAUCAAUCAUCACCGUUGAGACGUCCGUCACCUCGUCUCCCUGCUUUUCCGCCGGUCGGAGCCCCUGCCCCAGCAUUGAUCGUCGCUCCGCCCUGGUUCCACAAUAUGCAAUGCCCACAUUUCAAAGAUCAUAGUCAAUGCCCGAGGGGCAAUCUCUGCCCGUAUGUCACCGGUCCAUACCAGCCGGAUCUGCAGUUAAUGGAAGCAUUAAACAUGCCCGGAAGAGAUCCACCACAAAAUCCUCAGUAG